AGCCGAAGGCAGCGGCCCAACCCACUGAGGCACCCAGGCGCCCCUGUAAACUUGGUUUUACUCUGAGUGAGAACGUACAACAGAAUUCACCGCCGUGACCAGUUUUAAGGAUACAGCUCCCUGGACUCAGAGGCCCGCGCGCUGUUGUGUAACCGUCCCGCCAGCCCCCUGGGGAACUGGGGCGCCUUGCACAACUGAAACUCUCCCCAUGAAACACCCAGCCCCCGCACCUGCCCAGGCCCUGGGGCCCACCCUUCUGCUUUCCCUCUCCGUAACCCUGACUGUUCUAGAAGUCUCACACUGUGGCGUGUGUGUCUUUUUGUGAUGGGCGGCUUUCUUUACAUUUUUUGUGAUGGGCGGCUUUCUUUACAUAAUGUGCCCGAGGCUUGUCCCAGUUCCCCAUGGUAGCAGGUUGCAGAAUUUCCUUCCUUUUCAAGGCCCUGCGACCUUCUGCUGCCCAGUUGGGCCCUGGCCGGUUUACCCACUCAUCUGUCAGGGGACACGGGGGUCGCUUCCAGCCCUUGGCUGAUGUUGUUCUGGACUUCAGUUCCUGACGUGAGGCGGGUGUUAACUCCUUUCGGGUGCGCGAUCUGUAGCACGUUCUCCCGCCGUGCGGGCUGCCUUUCCUUCUGCUCUGUUGUCUCCUGUGACACACAGAAGUUUUCCAGUUUGCUGUGGCCGUCCCAUUUUUUAAUGUUUACAAAUAAGCGUGGAUUUGCAGGAAGUUGACAAGGCCACACAGAGAGGGCCCAUGCGCCUUUCCUGGGUGCCUCCAUGGCUUCCGGCCCACAAAAUGGUAGCAUCGAGUGGACACUGGGAUGUCAGCAUAGGCACGUGGGCACCCUCUGGCCUUGACCUUGUGUCUGCAUCUGUGCCACCAUGGUCAGUGUGCAGAGCGCGGGCCUCGGCACGGAGCUCUCUCGUCCUGCCUCUAGGUCGCUCCUCCCGCACCCAACCCGCUCCCAUUCCCCCGGGCCUGACAUUUUGAGGUCGGGUCAGUGCGGCUACUCAGCGUGUAAUCUGUGGGAUCGGCCACUUUUCCUUGGCAUCAGUCCCCAGAGUCUCUGUCUGGCCUCUUGUACGUGUCAGUAGUUUGAGGAGCCGGUACGUGAUCUAACCCGUGUUCAAGGGGAAGACACAGACACCUCGAGGAGAUCACCAAGCUGUAAAUCAGUUUGCUUCACCGCAAAAGCUAUUUCCUGGAAGAUGCACGUACAGCCCAGAAGAGAGAAGCAGGGGGGAAGGGAGGGGCCGCCACCUCCCGGUCGAGGCAUGCCCUCCUGGGGUGCCGGCCGCCCUGCCCUGCUGGCGUCCGGUCAGGGGCUGAGGGCCUGUAUCCCCUGAGACAGUAAGUCUGUGCCGACUAGACUGUUCGUCCUUUUUUUCUUUUGGAAGAUGUUAUUUGUUAGCGAGAAAAAGAGAGCAGGGGCAGAGGAAGAAGCAGGCUGCCGGUAGGGAGCCCCGUGUGGGACUCGAUCCCAGGACCCCAGGAUCAUGACCUGAGUUGGGAGGCAGAUGCGUCGUUGACUGACGGGGGACAGGCGUCCCUGACCGGACCGUUCUUGUCACACCUCUCCCAAGGCUGCCGCGUGGCUCUUGGAAACUGCAGAGGCGAGGGGAGAUGUGUGAUGGGCCCUGACUUUGGGCCCCUAGUUGCGGAGGGUGACGGUCCCAUGUAACCGAGCUUCCUUCCUGGUCACUGGGGGGGGGCAUUGGAAGCGACCGGACAGCCUUUCCCUACGGCUCUGUCUGCAGGGUCGGGGUGUGGAUCCCGUCACACUGUCCACGCGGCCUGGCCUUGCUCAGUGGGGUCUGUCCAUCUGUGUACCCUGUCUGCCUGGCCGGUCUGUGUGUACAGACACAUCCCGGGGAUGUGCAUUUGGUGUUGCUGUGGGCAGGCUGGGGGCCGGGUGGUGGCCCAGACCCCUUCCUGCUCACACGUGUCCCGUCGGUGGGGCGGAGGCGGCAGCCAGCUUGAGAACGGGGGUCCCUUGUGGGGCCGGCACGGUGCCAGCGGGGCUAGUUCUCCUGGAGUCAGCGGUUUGGGGGCAUUGUCGGUUUUUAAAGAGAAACGGGCUUCUCUCCGCCACCCCCGGUCGCUGGCUCUCGGUACGCGCGUGUGGAGGGCGCCCAUCUGUGCGCGGGGAGCACGGCGAUGCCCACGUGCACACGCGGCUCAGAAGGCCCCCUGGUGGGGCGAGCGUGUGCAGCCCGAGCCUGUGGACUGUGCGCACCGCUGCGCCUGGCUGGGGCGGUUAGCACGUCAGGCGCGGCGAGAGGUGGAGCGAGAACACGUGCAGCGACACACGGAGAUGCGAGUGCUGCGGGGCUCCCGUGGGCUGUGGGGCGGCACGUGCCCACGUGAGGGGUCCCAGCAGGGAGACCGGCGCCGUGGGGUGCAGGGCGAGCUGACGGCUGAGCCGCUGGUGCGGCAGGAGGACGGUCAUCUGCUCCCGGCUGAACGCACGCGCCUGCGGCGGUGGCGCCGGGGGCCGGUGCGGGUGUCGCCGUCGUGGAGGGCCGUGGGUAAACGGCAGCGCCCAGCUCUGCCUGCGCCGCUGAGGAACCCCCGGUCGGGCUUCCACACAGCAGCAUCUGGGAUGUACCGACCCCGAAACAGGUUUCGCGGAAACGCACACCUGCCAGGCGCCUGUGUUCUGCUUCCCAGGCUUCUGCCAUGCGGUGCGCGUGAGGACAGUCACAUGCCUGCCUGCCUGUCCCCGGGGGCUGACGGGAGUGUGGCUGCGAGUCUGGAGGGCCUGCCUGGAAGCCGGGGACAGCUCCCUGCCUGCUGGAGCCCCUCACUCUCGGGACUCAGGAAGUGGCUUGGGUGGAGGAGCCUGGGCGUGGGCGACCUUCCGCUCUCAUCCUCAGGGCUGGCAGGUGUCUGCCGCUUCGGCCGUGCCUUAGGCCAAGGUGAUGGGGGGCCCUGUGGGGUAAAGACGGCCUGGGCUCAUGCAGAGUCCGGACUUGUCUGGGGUCCGGCACUGGCCACAUGACCUGGGGCUGAGCACCUGC